AUGGCAGCGACUCAAUAUUCAGACUAUUAUAAUAAUAAUACCAACAUCAACAAUGGCAAUAGCCACAUUACAGCAUAUCACCAUUACCAUCAUCAUCAAGCUCACAGCCAACAGCAAAAUUUUUAUGCUUAUCCAACCGGACAUUAUGAUUGCAAAAAUCUAAAUAGCGCAAAUGAUGCUUACAAUAAUUAUAAUUAUAAUUUACCACCAAAUAAUUACAAUGAUCAAUGGAAUUCGUAUUAUAAUCAAGUCCAACAGCAGCAUCAACAUCAAGAACAAUCCCAAUUGCAUUAUAAUCAUCAACUAAACAUGCUAAAUAAUUAUUCUCAGGUACACAACAGUAAUAAUAGUGGUAGUUUAGCAAAACCAACCCAUCCAGACACAUCACGUACAAUGGCAAAUGAAAAUCAGCCAAAUUUAAAUGGCAAUCAAUAUGUGGAUGGGAAAAAUGAUUUAUAUUAUGGUCAUCAUGCGCAUCAACAGCAAUAUCAACAGAAUGAAAAACAAAAAACUAAUAAUAAUGAAACAACAAAUGAACAUUAUGCAGCAAGUAGUCAAUUAAUAAAUGGAGAAUCGCGUAAAAGGAAAAUAAUCGAUAAUUCAACGGCAGCUGAGGACUCGCCAGCGUUACGAGCCUUAUUAUCGAGACCAGUAAAACGUGCAAAAUAUGUUAAAUCGCCAUACUUUUAUACACAAAAUCAUCAUGGUGCUGGUAGCAUUUCGCCAGCAAGCUCAACAUCGGAACAUUAUCAAGUGCCAUCAGUUGUGACUGUCGCUGAGGAACAAUCGAUUAAUUUAUGCAAUUAUAAUAAGGAAGGAUAUGAAUUGUCUAUUCAUGAGGAUGUUAAAGUGAACAGUCCAAUGAAUAAUAGCUUCAUGACAACGCCGCCAUCAUCUCCAAAGGAUCAUCACAAUAAGAGUAAUAAUCAUGAUGACACAUCAAAUUCGAGUGGGAUAUGGAAUGAUCAAAAUGAAGAAAAUCUCAAGGGCUCGAAGCGAACACGCCAAACCUACACAAGAUACCAAACACUUGAAUUAGAGAAGGAAUUCAAUCUCAAUAAGUAUUUGACUCGCAGGAAGCGAAUUGAAAUUUCACACACACUACAAUUAAGUGAACGGCAAAUAAAAAUUUGGUUCCAAAAUCGCCGAAUGAAAUUUAAAAAAGAUAGCUCGCUUACAACAGUCGAUUUAUUGUACACGGACGAGCAACAAAUCACUCAAAAUUAUCCAACUUAUCAACAGUCAAAUAUGCCUCCACAUCACGAUUAUAAUAAUGGAAUGAUGGUAGCGAAUAGCAAUAAUACGUUAAAUGACUUGAUGAAUAUCAAUCAUGAGCAGCAGCAAACGCAUUUUGAAUUAUCGUCGUUUGUAUGA